GCCGUGCGCCUGCGCGGAGCGGACAGUCUGGCGGGGCCGCAGCCGCGGAGUGGCAGGCAGUUGCCGUGGGGACCGCGGGCCCCUCCCUCCUCCGGUCCUCUGCCCGUGGCGUUCCCCACCAAGGUGCGGCCGACGACCCGGCUUCCCUGCCGCCGGCCCGGCGGAGCUGCAGACGGUGCCCCGCGAGAGGCGGAGCCGCUCCCAAGAUGUCGCAGACGGCCAUGUCCGAGACCUACGAUUUUUUGUUUAAAUUCUUGGUUAUUGGGAACGCGGGGACCGGCAAGUCUUGCUUGCUUCAUCAGUUUAUUGAAAACAAAUUCAAAGAUGACUCAAAUCACACAAUAGGAGUGGAAUUUGGCUCAAAGAUAAUAAAUGUUGGUGGUAAAUAUGUAAAGUUACAGAUAUGGGACACGGCAGGCCAAGAGCGAUUCAGGUCUGUGACGAGAAGCUACUACAGGGGUGCGGCAGGGGCGCUGCUCGUCUAUGACAUCACCAGCCGAGAAACCUACAAUGCGCUUACUAAUUGGUUAACAGAUGCCAGAAUGCUCGCGAGUCAGAGCAUCGUCAUCAUCCUCUGUGGGAACAAGAAGGACCUGGACCCCGAUCGGGAAGUCACUUUCCUAGAAGCCUCCCGGUUUGCUCAGGAAAAUGAGCUGAUGUUUCUGGAAACGAGCGCACUGACCGGGGAGAACGUGGAAGAGGCCUUUGUACAGUGUGCGAGAAAAAUACUUAACAAAAUUGAAUCAGGUGAGCUGGACCCAGAAAGAAUGGGCUCAGGUAUUCAGUAUGGAGAUGCUGCCUUGAGACAGCUGCGGUCUCCACGCCGCGCACAGGCCCCGAGCGCACAGGAGUGUGGCUGCUGAAGCAGCAGGGUGCACAGGUAGGUGCCUGCGUCGUGGCCGCCCUGCCGCCUUCGGCCUCGCCCUCUGUUUGCUACCCACAGCCCCGCACAGGCUUAGAGGUGGAGGCUGUCACUGCUUUUUGCAGCCGCAUUAUGAAAAGGAGAGGUGAUUGCAUGAUUAAAAGUUAGAGAUUCUCAGCAGUGAGAAUCUCUGCUCACACAUUCUUCUCAAGCUCACACGGAACACUCACCAAAACAGACCACAUCCUGGGCCAUAAAACACACCUGAACACAUUUAAAAGAAUAGAAAUCAUCCAGUGUCUGCUCUCAGACCACAGUGGAAUUAAACUAGAAAUCAGUAACAGAAAGCUAACUGGAAAAUCCAAAAUGCAUGGGCAUUAAACAACAUACUUCUAAAUAACACAUGAGUGAAAGAAGCAAUCUCAAGGGAAAUGUAAGAAUAUUUUGAACUAAAUGAAAAAACACAACUUAUCAAAAUUUGGGAAGAUUCAACACAAACGGUACUUAGAGUGAAAUUUAUAGCAUUGAGUGCAUGUGCUAGAAAAGAAGAAAGGUCUAAGUACCAUCAUAUAAGUGUCCACCAUAGAAAACGAGAAAAAGAAGAGCAAAUUAAAGCCAGAGUAGGCAGAAGAAAAGGAGUAAUAAAAUUAGAGCAGGAGAUCAAUAGAGAAAAAUCAAUGAAGCCAAAGCCGGCUCCUUGAAAAAGACCAGUAAAAUCAGUGACUCUAGCUGGGCUAAGGGGAAAAAAAUAUAUAUAUAUAUACAUAUAUAAAAUAAAAUUACUAAUAUCAGAAAUGAAAGAGGGGGCAUCACUGCAGAUUCUAUGGACAUUAAAAGGAUAAUAAAGGAAUGCUAUGAACAACUCUAUGCCCACAAAUUUGAUAACCUGCAUGAAAUAAACCAAUUCUAUCAAAGACACAAUUUGCCAAAACUUAUACAAGAACAAAUACACAAUCUGAAUAGGCCUAUAUCUAUUAAAGAAAUUGAACCAAUAAUUAAUAAUCUUCCAAAACACAAAGCACCAGGCCCACACGGGUUCACUGGUGAACUCCACCAAACAUUUAAGGAAGAAACUAUACCAAUUCUCUUCAGCCUCUUUCACAGAACAAAAGCAGAACACUUCCUAACUCAUUCUAUGAGGCCAGCAUUACCCUAAUUCCAAAACCAGACAAAGACAUUACAAGAAAAGAAAACUACACACUAGUAUCUCCUGUGAACAUAGAUGCAAAAAUUCUCAGCAAAAUGUUAGAUUGAAUCCAACAAUGUACACAAAGAAUUACAUCCUUCCAAGUGGGAUUUAUCCCAGGUAUGCAGGGCUGGUUCAACAUUCCAAAAUCAAUUAAUGUAAUCGUCAUAUCAACAGGGAACAAAAAUCACAUGAUUUCAUCAAGAGAUGCAGAAAAAUCAUUUGACAAAAUCCAAUAUCCAUUCACAAUGAAAGCUCUCAGUAAAGUAGGAAUAGAGGGGAAUCUCCUCAACUUAAUAAAGAAAAUCUACCCAAAACCUACUGCUAACAUCCUGCUUAAUGGUGAGAAAGUUGAAGCUUUCCUAUUAAUAUCAAGGCAAGGGGGUCCCCUCUCACCAUCGUACUGGAAGUCCUAGAUAAUGCAGUAAGAAAAGGAGAUAAAAGGUACGCAGACUGGGAAGGGAGAAAUGAACUAACUGUGUUGGCUGAUGAUAAUCUGUGUAGAAAAUCCAAAAAGUCCACGAACUCUAUAUAAAUGAUUAUAUCGCACAGUUGCAAGAUACAAGGUUAAUAUACAAAAGUCCAUCACUUUUCUCUGUGCCAGCAAUGAACAAGUGCAAUUCGAAAUGAAAAACACACAAUACCCUUCACAUUAGCAUCCCCCCAAAAGGAAAUAGGCGGAACUCUAACAACAUCUAUAGGAGGAAAACCAAACUGAUUCUGAAGGUUAUGUGGAGAGGAGACAAAAGACCCGUAAUAGCCAACACAGUAUUGAGGGAGAAGAACAAAGUUGAAGGACUGUGACUACCCAACUCCAAAACACUAUAAAGCCACAGUAGUCAAGACAGUAUGGUACUGGUGAAAUAAGACAAGUAGAUCAAUGGAACAGAAUAGAGAGCCCAGAAAUACACCCACAUACUGAUGUUUGAUAAAGGAGCAAAGGCAAUACAAUGGAGCAGAAAUUGUCUUUUCAACAAAUGGUGCUAGAACAACUGGACAUCCAUGCAAAAAAAUGAAUCUACAUACCAGACCUUGUACCCUUCACAAAAAUUAACUCCAAAUGGAUCGUAGACCUAAAUGUAAAAUGCAAAACUAUAAAACUCCUAGAAGAUAAAAGAAAAUGUAGAUGACCUAGGGUGUGGUGAUGACUUUUUAGACACAGCACUAAAGACACAAUCCAUGAAAGAAAUAAUUGGUAAGCUGGACUUCAUGAAAAAUAAAAACUUCUGCUCUGCAAAAGACAAUGUCAAGAGAAUUAGUAGACGAGCUGUAGACCAGGAGAAGAUAUUUGUGAAACACACACCUGAUAAAGGACUGUUAAUCCUAAAUACACAAAGACCUCUUAAAACGCAACAGUAAGAAAACAAACAACCCAAUUUAAAAGCGGGCCAAAGACCUUAACAGGCACCUCACCAAAGAAGAUGGCAGAUGGCAAUAAGUAUAGGAGAACAUACUCCAUAUCAUAUACCAUCAAGGAGAAAGCAAAGUAAAACAAUGAGAUAUCACUACAAGCCUAUUAGAAUGGCCACAGUCCAAGACCCGGACAGCACCAAAUGCUGGUGAGGAUGUAGAACAAUAGGAAUUCUUGCUCAUUGUUGGUGGGAAUGCAAAAUGGUGCAGCCACUUUAGAAGACAGCUUGGCAUUUUCUUAUAAAACUAACCUUAGGACUUCCCUGGUGGCGCAGUGCUUAAGAAUCCACCUGCCAAUGCAGGGGACACGGGUUCGAUCCCUGGUCUAGGAAGAUCCCACAUGCCGCGGAGCAACUAAGCCCGUGUGCCACAACUACUGAGCCCGAAUGCUACACUACUGAAGCCCGUUCUGCUAGAGCCCGUGCUCCGCAACAAGAGAAGCCACCGCAAUGAGAAGCCCGCAUACUGCAACAAAGACCCAGCGCAGCCAAAAAUAAAAAUUAAAAAAAAAGAGUAAUGCUUAAAAAUAAAUAAAUAAAUUAGCAAGACAUGUUUAUAAUCAAUGUUUAAACUGUCAGUCGUAUAACACGGGUAAAACCAUUAGGUAGGUAGGUAGAUAGAUGAAUGAAACUAAACAUACUCUUACUGUAUGAUCCAGCAGUCUCACUCCUUGCUAUUAACCCAAAGGAGUUGAAAACUUAUGUCCACACAAAAACCUGCACAUGGAUGUUUAUAGCAGCAUUAUUCAUAAUUGCCAAAACUUGCAAGCAAACAGGAUGUCCUUCGGAAGGCAAAUGGGUAAACUGCGGUCUAUCCAGACAAUGGAAUAUUAUUCAGCACUAAAAAGAAAUGAGCUGUCAAGCCUUCAAGGCAUAUAACUAAGUGGAAGAAGCCAAUCUGGGGAUUUUCCUGGAGGUGCAGUGGUUAAGACUCCGCGCUUCCAAUGCAGGGGGCACAGGUUCAAGCCUUGGUCAGGGAACUAAGAUCCCACAUGCCAUGCGGUGCGGCCAAAAAAAAAAAAAAGAAGCCAAUCUGAAAAGGCUACAUACUGCAUGAUUCCAACUAUGUGACAUCCUGGAAAAGGCAAAACUAUGGAGACGGGAAGGAUCAGGGGCUGGGCAUGGAGGGAUGAAUAGGCAGAGCACAGAGGAUUUGGGGAGAGUGGAAAGACUGUAUGAUACCAUGUGUUGGAUCCGCGUCUUCAUGUAUCUGUCCAAACCCCUAGAACGUAGAACACCAAGAGUGAACUGUAAUUUAACUAUGGAUUUGGGGUGGUUAUGAAUUGUCAGUGUAGGCUCAUCAGCUGUAACAAAUGUACCAUCUGGUGGGGACGUUGAUAAUGGGGGAGGCUGUGUAUGUGUGAAGGCAGGUGGUCUUUGGGAACUCUACAUACUUUUCCCGCCUCAAUUUUGCUUCGAAGCUAAAACUGCUCUAAAAAAAUAAAAUCUUAAGAAAAAAAUCCUAAAGCACUGAAACAACACAAUGAAGAGUUUUGGCUAAUAAGCCAACAUGGGGAUUAAAAUGGAAUAAAUACAUAAUUAAAUAAAUCCAAAAGAAGGCAGGAAAAGAGGAAAAAAGGAAGUAAAGAACAGAUGGGGAAAAUAUAAAACAAAUAGCAAAAUGCUAGAUUAAACCCAGCCUUACCAAUUAAAAUAAAAAAUUAGAUUCUCUGCUUGAAAGAAUUUGUAGGAAAUCCUUAAUGCACUUGCUCAGAAAGGAAAGUUGAUGGGAGUGAUUGAGUUAGAGGUUCUUCUCCCUUUAUGUCAGUGAUGAGUCUUUUCCUGGGUUCAUUGAAGUCUAAAUGAAUGUUCCUGUAGCUAAGGCUCAUUUAUAAAAUUUGCAAGUAGAGAUUUUAACUUUCUAAAGCUUCCUCUUUUUUAUGUAUAGUCAACAUUAUCUAAUAUGCCUAGGUAAGUUUAAAUAAAAAUUGGAAGUAUUCAUUCACUAGUUCCCUUUGUGACUUUAAUUGAUGUUUGUUUGUACAUUUUUAGUUAUGCAUAUUUCUAAAUUAUUCUUAAUAUUUUUUAGGUGUUCAUACAGUGGUAUUUGGGACACAAUUGUUGGAGCUUGAAGAAGUUUUUUUUUUUAACCACCAUCUUUUUCUACUUUAAAUGGAAGUAGAUCUUUGUGCAAAAAAAAUAAUUUGGGUUGUUAUGCAAGCUAGUAGAUGUGGCACAGCAAACGUAUAAUAAAUCCAGUUCAGUGGACAAGA